GUUGGUGUGGUUCGUUUAAAAUCUUUACAAGCAUUAACACCAUUAUAUGAAGACAAUCAACUCGCAGCCAAAUUAGACUUAUUUACGACUAAAUUUAAAGAAAGAAUAAUUGUCCUUGCUUGGGAUGAGGAAUUGAACAACCAAGUGGAAGCUGUUAAGGUGAUCACCAACAUGUUUAGGUCAUAUCGUGAUCGAUUUACACCAGAAGAUAUCCAAAGUGUUUCCAAAUUAGUACUUUCUUCCAAUCGUAAGGUUGCAUUGGCCGCAGGUAAAUUUUUGAACGCGUGCAUUCUGAAAGUGGAUCAAGAGAACAUGUCUAAAAAUAAUUUGGAUUCUCGAAGAGAUGCUCAAUCUAAUAUACGAUGGAUUCGAUAUCUUUUACAGUUUUUCACAAAAUUGGAGAGACCAGAUGAUGUUCCAUAUAUAGUGGACGCCUUAUUUGAGGAACACCCGGUGAUGCAAGAUUGGGAAUCAAUGAUUCAUCUUCUUACAGAAAGAGCUGAUAAUACUGAUCAAUGUUUGACUUCAACUGAAGAAGAAGUCCUAAUUGAAAUCAUGACCUGGUGUGCAAGACUUGCGACAACUUGUGAACAUCCGUGGGAUAGAGCAACCAACAAAACGUUAAUAAACAUAAAGAAGAAAAACCAAAUGCAAGCAGAUCAAUUGAGCAUGACCGAACAUCUAAUACCAGUAUUGCCCAAGCUCUUGAUUCGAUUCAAAGCCGUGACGAAAAGUAUGAUUAAUUUGUUAACCAUACCGCAGUAUUUCGAGUUGGUAAACUACACAAGUCAAGGGGUAGAUCAUUAUUUAGAAAAAUUAUUAGAGGAAUUAAAGGACAUUACACAAAAAUAUUCAGAUACUCUACUCUUGCAAAUCUGCAGCAUUACUCUCGAUUGCCUUCGUAAAAGAGUCAGCAUUUCUGUGAAAUGUGAUGUUGUACUAUCUUCAAUUGUCAAUGAAUGUGCCCAGAAGUAUUUACACACAUCAGAAUUGUGGCAAAGGAUUAUGGAUGGGGAAGUCGAUUCGGAAACUGAGAUGUCCAUGAACGAGGAUAGUCCUUCCGUUGUUAAUUCCGUGAAGAAAAUUUGCAUAUUUUAUAAGUUGCACAAUCUGAAUUAUUUGAAUUUAUGGCCUCAUUUUUCAGAAGAAAUAAACGCCUUUCGGAAUGGUAUCGUAGGCAAUAGCUUUCCUAUUGAGGGAGCGAUUUAUUGUUUAUAUGCCUGCGGAGCCUAUCUUGCUUGGGAAUUGCAAGAUCUAAAAUCAAAGAACGAUAUUGAACGAGCCGAAAAACUUAAAUUAAAUUUGGAAGGAUACGUUGUAGUUUGCAAUGGCAUCAUUUGCAAUGUCGAUGAUGACGAUAUGUGUCGUGCGGCUGUGCUUGCAAUUUGUGAUCUAUCCUUGGAUUUCAACCCAGAAUUAGGCACCAAUCCAAACGACAUAGUACACAAUCUGGUUUUAACCCUCGACUCGGACACUAUAUCAACAAUAAACCAAUUCACGGAAGAGUAUGUUUUCACAAAACAUCUGACAGAGGGACAUGAUAAAGAUUCAAGCCAGAUAUCUAAACGUCGUGAAGUCUUGGAACGGUUUUGCAAAAUUAUAGGUUUUAAUAUUAUACCAGGAUAUCAUGCGGCCUUUGUUCUAAAGUAUUAUGUAAAGUGUAAUAAAUGCUAUGGCGAUAUCAUAAAGAAUUUGGUUGCCAGGAUGCGUCAGCUUAACCUCAUAAACAGCACUCUGACCAUGUGGUUGGCUUUGUCACAAAUGUAUACGGAUUUGCAAACUACACUUGGUGAUAAUAAACGACUUGAUGGAACUGUUAAAGAAUUUGCAGAAUUGAAGACUUUGGCCAGAUAUCUAUCGCUAAUGUUGGGGCUUGACAAAACAAAAAAUCGCGAUGCAAUUUUGGAGCUGCACAAGGCUGGAAUUUUGUUUGCAGUUGAUAAAAUUGGAAACAACAAAGAGCCUCCUAUUCGGUUGCCGUUUUUAGAAAUAUUGAAUGAAUUUUCAGGCAAACUUUUGGCGCCGGAUAAAAAAGUUAUGUGA